UUCUACCUCAACGGCCACACUCACCAAGAUCGCACAUGGCCUCCGUGACAGACACGCCCACCGCCUCAUCCUCAUCGCCAGAGUUGCUUGCACUGCAAGGAAAAUUGAAGACACUUUCAGACAUCAAUGCACAGUUGCGUACGGUCAGGCGGAUUCCCACACAAUUGGUCAAGCCACCGGAAGUAGGGAUCUUGCAGCAGCUCAACUUCGACGGGACUCUGGCGGAGAAAUUCCAGCUCGUUAAGGAUCUUGCGGCAGCAUUAGCUUCUGAGAGUGUGCAAGGCUCCCUGCUUGCAGCGCGAGCCAGCGAGCAGAAAGUCAAAGGCGAUCUUAUAUUCACCAAGCCUCGCGAGACACGCAAGCGAAAACGGCAAUCCUCGGCGGAUCCCUCGCCUGGGUCCCCGCGAGUGUAUGUUCCGGAAGCACCACAACCAACGUCGCGUUUCCCCCGGGACGAGGCUACGGCAUUGAUGCUGGAUGGACUUGCCGAGUACCUGAAGGAAUUUAACCGCGCGAACCCCAAGAUCAAAGUCCACGUCGUCACAUCUGACCCACACCGAACGCUGUACCUCCCGCUCUUGCUCCGCUAUUCCAUCCGAGAUGCACUUACGAUCUUCCUGACCGUUGACGGAGCGGAUGGGACGUCGUUGAUCGUGGAGAACGCCACAGCCUUUGCUUCGCGCGAACAGAAACCCCAUCACUCGCAAUCGGACUUCGUCGUGUUUCAGAAGCUCACCCAGCAAGUGGUCAGAAUCAUUCAAUCCGAGCCCCAGGUCCCCCUCCGAGCAACAUUGGCUCUCCUCAACUCGUAUGAGAACCUCUUCUCGCAGAAGUGCACGAGAGAGUCAUGCGGACGGAUAUUGUCUGUGGAGGCGCACAUCCCUCCUGUUGCGCGCGUCUGGUCAGAAAAUGCUCGCGUCUGGUCUCAAGACGGCCUGAAGAAUGGCGGAUCCCCUGGUUGGGAGCCGUUCCAUCCGACUUGUCUGCAGCGUUGAUACUGGUGUUAGUAACAUGUUACCGAGUAGAUCCAUUGAUUCUGAUUCCUGUACCUCUAGACUGGACCAUCGUUAUUCGAUCAUAGUGCGUUACCUUUCCAAGUACACCGGGUUUGAUCUUUGACAAAGGACAGGAUUCGGAGGUCGCUUGUGCGCCAUUGCGGUGUCUUCCCUCCACCCGGGAGCUUCAACGACGAUCGGGGCCUGAACGCUACUCAUGAUGGACGAACAGGUAGGGACCAGUGCACUUCACAGCGAUACAAUCUUUAGGCGUCGCCAUAUGCAGUGGCUACACAGCCUCGUUGAUGCUCAAGCACGAGUCAGACAUUGUUGAAACUUGCUCUCCACGGAUUUCAUUUUUUCUUCCAUCAUCGCGAUGCGCUCCGCCCAUCACCGCGAUGAUCAAGUUGCUCGGACCAUCUCCGACGUUGUGUAGCAGUUGUAGCAGUGACCAAUCAACAUUAUUCCAUCGCGCCUCGCAGCAGGAG